GAGCAGGGCGUCGAACGACGGUCGAUUUCAGUGAAAGUGAAUAUAGGGACACCUGUAUAAAAUCGGGAACCGAAACGAGUGAUGGCACAUUCGAAUACGGGAGCGACGAUGAGGAGCGCGUACGUUGUGUUUUGCCUUUUGGCGGGCGCGGUGGUGGCUGAGAAAGCCGAGACAGCCGAGAAACAGGCGAGGAAGACGAAGCGAGGAAUCCUGUUGGGCACGGCGGGAUCACCGGUUGCUUUGGACUUCGCCUCGAGAUACGACUUCGAAUCCAGCGGGUUCGGAUUGACGGGGCUCGCCAAUGGGUUGGGGGCCGGCCAACUUUCGGGAGGAUUAGCAGGAGGUGGAGCCAUCGUCCACCAAGCGCCAGUCCUCGUCCAACGGUAUCCCUCACUGUCUACUGCUUAUUACGCGAGGCAGCAUCCUCUGGUCAGGGAUGUUCACACGCCUCAUCAGAGACCAGUUGCCCAGCCACCCGCUGUUAGAUUGCAGGCUUCUUCUCAGCCGAUCUCCGUUUCCCAACACGUCAACAUUCCUCAGACGACGGUGCCAGUCGUGUCUCAAUCCGUUCCUGUCGUCGUGUCCGCCGUGUCCUCGAGCUCGGCUGGAACCGGCUUCUCUUCCAGGAUCGAUUCCAGUGGCGCUACCAGUGUGGCUGGAUCCUCUGGCCUGGCCUCUUCUUCGGCUACCGAUCUCGGCUCGAGAGGGUUGAUCCCCAAUCUUCUUGGACACGCUUCGUCCGGCUCGAUUGGAGGGGUUGCUGCUCUUGGAGGAGUUGGCACUGUUUGAGAGGAAGAAAAGGAAAUGGAUGGAAGAAGAAGGAAAGGUUGAAAUGAAUUUUUUUUAUUUGAAUUAAAGUUUCUCUUAAAGUUUGUAAUUUUCUUGUAUCCUUUUGUGAAAUUAUACUUUUAUAUAUGAU